GCAUAAAAGAAAAGGAUUACCAAUCAUAUAGAGACAGUCAGCUAAAAAUUCGAAAUAAAAAGCUAGAAGAAAGCAGAGACAGAGAUCUGAGCCACAGAGCUGCUGUUGAAGAGAGAAGAAAAAGACUGGAGCAGCAAGACCAGGAACGCAAAGAAGCUAUUCUAAGGCGUACAAGACAGCGUUCAGAAAGUGCUCGUGAAAAGAGACGAUCAUGGACACCUGGGAUAAGCAUGGGUCACCUGCCAACUGACCCAAACGACAGAAGACACAGUUCUGAACAGUUGUCACCUGACAAAUCACAUGGUGUACCAACAAUAUCGUCUCCUACAAAGCGUCUCUCAUCAUCAGUUUGCAAUGUGGCAUCUUCUGGAUCCAGUAUGAGUAAGCGUCUGUCUAUGUCCUCCACUGCUCUGAACAGAGCACGUACUCCAAGCCCUAUACACCUGAUACGACUACGUGGAGCCGAUCCUGAUGAGCUCUAUGCUGUCUAUGAUACAUCCUCGGCAUCGGAUUAUAAGAGAGAAGCACGCUUCUUGUCUGCUUCUACUACUAGCACUGGUGGUGUACACAAGCCUAAAGGCUUUGCUUCUACUUCUCAUCCUUCAAGACUUAUUACCCCUCGACCCAAACGAUGGCGUGCUUCAUCACCUUUCAAACAUGCUAAGUCCACUACGCAGACAGAUUCACUUCGCCCCCACUCCAGUUACUCUGACUUAGGUACACCAAGGUCAUCGUAUGGGUCCAAAAAUGUUCAGCUGCGUAGUCGUAGUCUGGACAGGAGAAUGCCUACCAGUCAAAACCAUGAAAGUAUUUCCAGGAGACCUCCUUCUCCUGGUACAACACCAAAAACCAGCACACCAAGAACUAACAAACCAGGAACACCACAUACUGCAUCUCCUGGGCAAACAGCAAGACCUAGCAGACCCAGAGCACAUUCCGCUGAUAGAGUAAUGCAUAAAUCUGCUCCAGAAACCAGAAGAACUACUACUACUAGACCAACACAGUUAGCAGUCAACAAAACCACUGCACCUCCUAUUAAGAAAUCUAUCGUCCCUGCAGCAACUGAGCGGAAACCCAGCACUCCAUCACCCAGCAAAACAUCAGCAAGCCUGAAAACUUCUCUUGCUACAAAACCAACUACACCAAGAAGUAUGUCGACAACACCAAGAACCACAGCAUCAAGAACUGCCUCUGCUAAACCCUCAGUAAGUAAAACAACUGAAGUCAAAAUGAAAGCCUCUCCAAGUGCAACAAGAACAAGACCUGCUCCAAAAGCUACCAAACCCGUUAAGGAAGAGAAAGAAGUAGCAAAGGAAGAAAAAGUAACAAGGAAACCUGAGAUAACUAAAGAGAAGCAAACCAGAGAAGGAGCCUGA